UGGGCCUCAUUGGCUAAGGGGGACGGGCUGCCUUCCUACAGGAUAUGUAGAGACAGAGAGAGAGAAUGAGGAGUGGCAGAGAGGGAACCUCCUCUGUCGAUUUAUAGGUCUUCCAUGCACACACACACACACACACACACAUAGAUAGACACACACACACACACACACACACACAAGGAUAGACACACACAGGCAGCAGGGGCCUCUCAGACAAAGUCAGGAUGUGACAUCACUCACAGGAAGAGAAGCCAAACAACUUUUCGACUUGUACUUUUUUUUUGUCUGCGCUACUGUCUCGCUGGCUGCUCAGUGAAGUUGGAGCCUCGAGGUCUGUUGGUGGCUGGGAAGGAGGGAGUAUCCGUAGGAACCGGAGAGGGACAGAUCUGCCUGGAUCGUUGUCCACAUUCCAAGUCGUCCACAUUGGGAGCCCAGCCAGAGAGGGGUCCCUCCAUUCUCAAUCAUCCCCAAUGUAGAGGUCACUGCCCUCCGAAUAGAACAACUCCUCAGAGACCUGCAACCUAAACAAACGUAUGUUAGUGAAACCUGUCCAAUCCAUGCUCAGGAAACCCCCCACCCCACCCCCAGCACACACACUAACCAUUAGGCCACACCAUAGAGUCCACCAUUAAGACAAUGGCGCUCUGUCUCGGACAAGUCUUCAGCAAAGACAAAACGUUUAGGCCUCGGAAGCGCUUUGAGCCUGGGACACAGCGCUUUGAGCUGUACAAGAAGGCCCAGGCCUCUCUGAAGUCCGGCCUGGACCUGAGGAAAGUGGUCCAGCUUCCCGAAGGAGAGAACAUCAACGACUGGAUCGCUGUGCACGUGGUGGACUUCUUCAACCGGAUCAACCUGAUCUACGGCACGGUCAGCGAGUUCUGCACUGAGCGCACCUGCCCCAUCAUGUCGGGGGGCCUGCGCUACGAGUACCGGUGGCAGGACGGAGACGACUACAAGAAGCCCACCAAGCUGCCCGCCUUGAAAUACAUGAACCUUCUGAUGGACUGGAUAGAGACGAACAUCAACAACGAGAACAUCUUUCCCACGAGAGUAGGUGUUCCUUUCCCUAAGAACUUCCAGCAGGUGUGUAAGAAGAUCCUGAGCCGUCUCUUCCGGGUCUUUGUGCACGUCUACAUCCACCACUUUGACAGCAUCUGCAGCAUGGGCGCCGAGGCCCACAUCAAUACCUGCUACAAACACUACUACUAUUUCAUCUCUGAGUUCAGCCUCAUCGAGCACUCUGAACUGGAGCCCCUGAGAGCAAUGACAGAGAAGAUCUGUAACUAAACCACUUGGACAAUGGAGUGUACAUCAUGUCAAAAUUCCCCGGAGCCCUUCAAGAGACCCACUGCUUAAAUACCAUUGCAAACACUCCAACCAAAGGACAAAUGAGUGGAUUUUGAGUGGAUUUGAAGAACUUAAGUGUUAUCCAUCAAGCAUUAGAAUGUUUAUUCACAUUUUCAGCCAAUAUGGCUAUAUUUUUUAGGAAAAAAGGACUGUUCUGCUUCCUAGAUGUUGUGCUGUGACAUGCAGCAUUUCAGUAUUUUGUGUUUUAUUUGAAUAGCUAUUCUAGCUCUGUUUA